CUCAGCUAUCUCUCUUCCUGUCUAUCUCUAUUCAAGUGUAUUCCCAACUGUUACCUUACCUACCAGAAUGGGUGCAGUGUCUCAUCCCGAGGAGGCUGUCCUGGCACAGGCCAAUGUCAACAUCCAUUCCCUGGAUGCCUUGAAUAUCCGUCUAGAGAUAAGCAACGACCACAACAAAUAUCCAGCAAAGCAACAUGCUCGCAGAGUCGCAGCGAAACUAGGAGCUACCCACGGCCUUAUAUAUCUUGCCGGAACGCCAACCGUCAACUGGGGUGACUCAGACCAAGCACGCCCGUUUCGACAGAGACGCUACUUUUACUACCUCAGUGGUGUAAAUGAAGCAGAUUGCUAUCUGACAUACGAUAUCGAAACGGACCUCUUGACGCUAUAUGUUCCGAACUUCGACCUUCAUCAGGCGGUAUGGAUGGGGCCUACCGUCACCAAAGAGGAGGCAGAGGCACGCUACGACGUACACCAGGUGUGUUAUUUUAAUUCUUUACGGGGGGAUCUUGAACAAUGGGCAAACCAAUACAACAAGACGAGUCCCAUCUAUAUCCUGCACGAAACGCAAAAACCCAUCAUCUCGUCUUCUGGGGAUCUGUUGUUGGACUCGAAGCAGCUGCAGCCUGCAAUAGAUGCUGCCCGGGGCGUGAAGGAUCACCAUGAGAUUCAGUUAAUCCGCGAAGCGAACCGGGUAUCUGGCCUAGCUCAUCGCAAGAUUCUCGAGACUAUUCAUGAGAUGACCAACGAGGCGGAGAUUGAAGGCUCGUUCUUGGAUACCUGCGUCUCCCAUGGCGCGAAGAACCAGGCAUACGAGAUUAUUGCCGGGUCUGGUGAAAACGCAGCUGUUCUUCACUACGUCAGGAACGACGAGCCACUCAAAGGCCGGCAGCUGGUCUGUCUGGAUGCUGGUGCUGAAUGGGAUUGCUAUGCCAGCGACGUGACGCGGUCAUUUCCUCUGACGGCGACGGGCGAUUGGCCCAGCGACCAAGCCAGGGACAUCUACCACCUGGUAGAAGAGAUGCAAGAGGAAUGUAUCAAACGCAUCAAGCCGGGUGUCCGUUUCUUAGAUUUGCAUGCGCUGGCACAUGGUAUUUUGAUCCAAGGAUUACAGAGGCUGGGCAUCCUUCGACACGGGUCUGUGGAGGAAAUUCGCCAAUCGGGGGCGUCUACAGUGUUUCUGCCACACGGCCUAGGGCAUCACCUUGGGCUGGAAGUUCAUGACGUGUCGGAGCGGUCACUGAUGGCACGCGGUGACAGUGGAUUCUACGCGUCGGUCCUUGUUUCGACCUUGACCCAUUCCCCGUGCACGUUGACCGCCUCGGGAUUGGAGGAGGGCAUGGUGGUGACAGUCGAACCAGGGAUCUACUUUUCUCGACUGGCACUUGACAACGCGCGAAAGCAGAAGAAGCUAGCGCAGUACAUCAACCUGGAGGAGGCGGAAAAAUACAUAUCGGUUGGCGGUGUGCGCAUCGAAGACGACAUUUUAGUGACAGGAACGGGGUAUGAGAAUCUCACGACGGCGCCCAAAGGAAGCGAGAUGCUAGAGAUUCUCCGGGGCCGGAUCGACCACUAGUCACCCUUUAAUAUAUGAGUCCUGCAUUAGGCGACCGGAAGAUGGGGCCUUUGACGGUGCGGUAGGGGAUAGCACCUUCCUUAAGAGGGCUAAAGCGGGAAGGGGAAGUGGCGGAAGGUGGAUAAGUACGAUGAAACUGCUCCAUCGGACGUGUACACCGUAAAGUGCACAGCUCUCGCAGCUGCCCAGCUGUCCCCAGAGGGCAGCCCACAAUUCAUCUGGAUGGAAAAAUGCCAUGCUUCUAGACCGGUUUCUACUGGACCAGCUCAUUGUACCUGUCUGUCUCUACGAAGUACUACUAAUAGUAUGCACACCGCAUACAAGUAGCGAGUACGUAGACGUCUCCAGCAGCAAACACAUGGACCAACCCGAGGGGCUCCGUAUUGUGUGCGAUUUUUUUUUUUU